CAGCAAGAUGUGGAGCAAAGUGGCCCGCGCGCCCGCCUUGGCGUUGCUCUUGGCCGCCGGCGCGACGGCCGGCUACACCUUUUCCCGCUCGGAUCCGCCGGUCCUGCCCGUCGUCGAGGCGGCGGAGAAGCGGUUUAAGCCCGCCUCGCCAACCCUGGCCGGCACGUGGGUCAACGAGCUGGGCUCCAAGAUGUUCAUCAACCCUCCAAACGACUCUGGCCAGUUCACGGGCUCCUACCUGACGGCCGUCUCCGCCGCCCAGAAGCCCAUCCGGGAGUCUCCCCUCGUGGGCGCCCAGCACGACCCGAAGGGGGCCGAGGAGAGUACCUUUGGCUUCGUGGUCAACUGGUCGUUUUCAGACUCCAUCGCUGCAUUUGCGGGGCAGCGCUUUGUGGAUGCCGAAGGGAAGGAGACCCUGGAGACAACCUGGCUUCUGCGGCAGAAGGUGGGAUCCCAUGGCGAGGACUGGGAGGCCACUGGGGUUGGCAGGAACGUCUUCACACGGGAUCCAAGAGACUCGCUUGCAUGAUGCAGCACCUGCAGGAAGGGGGCUUCCCUUUCCCUUCUUGACUAAACCAUUUAUAUAAAUUGCUUCUUCUACAAACAUACAUUAUGGCUGUGACAGGCCUCCAUCCUCCCUCCCCAGCAAGUGAAGAAGAGUGCCUGG